GAUGAUGCCUUAGCGCAACCACUGGUGAUGACUGCAUGGGGGGUACGGUACCAACGCGGGCGGCUCAGCAACCUAGCAGAACGCGACCAAGAAAUAGAACAUAAUUCGCUCGAUGAUUACGCCGAGAAAAUAAUUGCUUAAAACAUAUUUUUGCCAACGCCCAGCCAAAAUAUCUCACGGUGGCAAGAGAACCUGCAUCUUGUUCGCGUCAUGUCUAACGUCAAGUUUCGAUCGUCUUGCGACGCCUGCCUCAGCACCAAAGUCAAAUGUAGCCGAGCCAAGCCAUCUUGUGCGCGAUGCACGCAGCAUGGUCGAGAGUGUGUAUACAGCCAAUGCCGCAAAAUCGGCCGCCCGAGCCACAAAAGCACAGCAGUUUCAGUAUUGUGGCCGGAACAGCGGCUUUCACCACGACCGCCUAGAGAUGCCGUCGCCGGCGGUGGCAUCUCAGACACACUGGAAGCCCAAUCGCCAGAGGACCAAGCCGGAUCAUGCGCCGAUAAUCUAGAGGCCGAUACCUCGAUCGGAGACUCCGUAAUGUCUCUUGUUCAUGACAUGGCUGACUCGGAGCUCAUGGCCAAUUUCAGUACUAGCUUGGAGGAUGACUUAGCAACGAGCGACUGGGCGGAUGUAAAUACCAUCCUCGACUUACCAACAACACUGCCGCAAACGGCAAAUGCAGUGCAAGUCGACCACAAUCAAUCCCAUCUUGGUAAUAUUUUCACGAAACGCCUGAGUUCUUCGCCGCACUCAACUACAACCCAAUCUCAGGGCUGGGACCCUUGGAGCCCAAUCGGCAUGUUCCUGGGCGUCUCUUCUUGCGAUACUAAUAGCCAAGGAUCCCCUCCUGUGCCGCUCGUGCCCCCACACCAGAGUAACUCCCCCGCACCCCGCGAUGGAGGAGGAGGCCUUUUUCGUUCACGCCCAGAUUACCCCUUCGCCGAAGGAAUAACUUCCUCCACAACCAGCGAGCCAGAUCGCCUAGACGGGACGGGCCGCUCCACUAGUUCUUACAGGCCUACUUUGGCUUCUCGCAAUAGCGAGUCAAUCCUCUAUUCUUCGCCUGGCUCUCGGUGCACUCUGCAAUGCCAUAUAGACUUAACCAACCAGCUCACGUACAUUAACGAAUGUCAGGCCAAUAGCGAUUCUGGCCUUGCGCUCGACGUUCUCCUCAAAAUAGACGACCAAGUCCGUAAGGCGCGAGACAAGAUUUUGUAUUGCCCUGUUUGCAUCGCAAGAUCGCGAUGUGGUCAAACACUUAUGCUCGUUGCCACGGUAGUAAGCAAUCUCCUCGCGCUAUUUGAGCGGGGUUGCGGUGCCGCCCUUGACGCGGCUAGCAGCAGUAAUAGCAAUAGUGGCAGUAGCAGUCGCAGAAGCAGCGUAAGCGGAAACACGGGAAAACAACGAUAUUCACCCCUCGGUACCUCGCCAAGCCGCAAGAGAAGGUGUUCUCCCCCUAAAUGCGGUGGGGAUGGUAGCGGGGUACUCGGCCUCUUCCCUUGUACGACGCGACAUCUAACGGUUGGAGACGUAAGGUUAGAUAAGGCCGUCACAAUGGCUUUCGAGCGGCAACUUUUGCGUAUGUACUUAGAACGGCAAAUUGAAGCCGUUGGGCAGUUGGAUCAGAUACUCCAAAGAGCCGAGGGAAGGGACGUCAGUAUCAAGAUAACACAUGAUUUAUUCGCGGACGUAUUGGCAAGAGUGGAACGCUUUUUGGGCUUUAUCGCCUUAACAGACUGGCAAGAAUCUUCGGGGAUAGUCUCUCGAAUAGUAGCCUCGAAUUCGCCAUAAUAGAACUAGAAUUAAAAUAGAUACAAAGCACACGGUAGUAGAUCUAUUACAUCUAAAUACAGAGCUUACUUCAUAAACA